CAACGAUUAACUCCAACUAAAAUUGUUAACUCCUCGCGUACCUGCGAGCAACUUGAACAGUAUUUAAUACUGUCGAUCCUAUCUCUCCGACCAAUUGCAGUAGCCCGUAUUAUACCGCUUCGGGUAUCUUGCUGCAACAAAGCAGUUACUCAACCCCACCAUCUCCAUCACCACACUUCUCAAACCUCCCGAUUACUGCCCCCGUCCACCUACGCACACCUGCCAUUGCCAUCCUCCACCUCAAGAAAUCCCAUACACAUCUCACUGUGUACCUCUGACAGCGGAGCAGCUACACGCCAUACUACUUGGACGCGCCUUGAUGGCGCUUGCACGGCUGCUGGCCUCGUCGCGAUCGCCGUGAAGACCCGCCGUCUUCCAGCUAGCGAUAGAUAGCCAGCAUGCCUGAGCGCGAAGAGAAGAACAAGAUGGACAUUAACAAGUCAUUGAACAGCCCGCAGAGGGAUCUGACCGACGUUUCCCGAGCUGUCUUGAGGAGCGAGCAAGCAAAGCGUUGGACGAAGCGUUAUCGGACGGAGGUCGCUGCGAGCUCCAGCAGUCUACUGUCCACAUUCGUCGCUUACCCUCUCGAUUCUGUGAAAACCCGCCUGCAAGCCUAUAAAUUCAAUUCCUUCACCGACUGCGUAAGGCACACAUACAAGACCGAGGGGUUCCAUGGAUUCUGGCGCGGCGUUUGGUCCCCGCUUGCUAGCAUCACUCUUGUACGGACGGUAUCCUUCUCCAUAUAUCAGAAGUCGAAAUACACAAUAGACGAUUGGAUAUAUCGGACUACUGGGAGCUCGCCCCUUGUCAUUGCAAACACACGAGAUGCACUUCCGACCUUUUCCACCAUUGCGUGCUUUGGACUGGCAGGUGCAACCGCUGGAGCAGCCAUCACAGCCAUUGCUUGUCCAUUCGAGUUGACUAAGCUGAGCGCCCAAAUCUCCGUACUGAUGGCCGAUCGGAAAGAUGGUGGCGGAGAAAACGAUGCUCUCCGCAAGAGCUACCAGAACAAGGGCACCCUGCGAACGGCCCAGAACUUGAUCAAGCACAGAGGAUGGAUGGGGUUGUACUCAGGGUUUCACUUACAUUUGUUGCGAGAUACGAUCGGGACUGGCAUCUACUUUGUCACCUAUGAAAGUGCUAAGCAACUUUUGGCCAAUGCUCGCGGUAGCUCCCCUACCACACCACUCGCUGUCGUCAUUGCGGGUGGUUUGUGUGGUCUUGUGAGCUGGGCAUGCAUAUUUCCAAUCGAUACCGCGAAGAGUAUUUAUCAACGAAAUUGUCUUUUGAGUGGCAGGGACAAGGCCUCGCGGCCGAAGAUUCAAUACCACAACCCCCGAAUGUUCCGCGGCCUUGGUGUCUCGAUGAGUCGAUCUUGCGUAGUCAAUGCCAUCUUCUUCUCGGCCUUCGAGUUCUCGAAGAAGCGUAUCAACCACAUGUCUGUCGAUGAGGAGCUGCUACGUGAACAUGACGCGUAGUCCCAAGGAAUAAAGUGUAAAUUUCCACACAAAGCUACUUGAAUUUGCAUUAAGGUAUGGAGUCUGGGGUUUUGGGGUCUGUAGUACCACGAGGAUUACUGCCGCUUUCUGGAUUGGCAUGGCAUUUAGCCAAAGGUCAAAAUGCACAUUCGAUAGGCCCUAUAUGUACUCGCGAACAAUUAGCAUUGCCAUGAAUUCAUAAUCGCUGAGAACACUUUCAUUGGUACACUCCACUACCCAUUAUAAGCGGACUGCAAGAAUGGCUAUCGAAAGCAUAUCACUGAUCUCUGC